GCAAGGGUACCUCCCGGAACGGAAAGACCCACCCUAGCUCCCCGGCCAGCUGCCAAAAUACAUUCAACCUUCAACCUUUCAUCAAUGAAUCAACGGAAGUCGUUACUUGUUCUCAAUCCGUUGGCUAAAAACUUUAUCACUUCGUCACUUCAUCACCUAAAAAUCCAAUAUUAAAACGUCAUACAUUCAAUCAACUAAUCGAAUAACUCUUUUUGAUUUGAUUUGAUUUGCAAAUUCGCUUCCGCUUCAUAAACACAUAAUCACACCCAUCUCAAAAAAGGCCACGCUUAUCAAGAUAGGUACCGGUAGAUAAGUACAUAACCAAGUACAUACCUAACCACGGCUCAGUUGGACUUCCCCACGGCGUAUGGAGGUAGCGCGACACCGUCUAGGUACACCGACCUCAUCGAAGGAUCUUUAUCGUGUAGGAGUGUCUUAGAUUAAGAAAGAGAGAAAAGAAAAGGAAACAUCGAAGCUUAUCCCACUGCAUGGUAUCAGAUGCCACAGCUGCGACCCUGCCAGGAGCAGCGGCCUGUUAUCAGUCCAUUCAGAUACGGACGCACAACACGGCAAUCAGUGAGGCAACUUGACGUGCAGAAUCAGCAGCAGAGGGGAUCGAUUUUCCCAUGGCCCGGGAACAGGAGGAUGCCGACGGCAGAGAAGAGGAGAAAGAUAUAAACGGCGCAGACGAUCAUCACCAUGAUGAUGAACCCGCAUUAGCCCACGCGCAAGAGUCCCGCAUACUAGAUGCAUGCAGGCGGAGGGAUAUCGACGAUCUCCAGGUCUUAGCCGUAUCGAGGGGCGGGUUCCUCUCCGACGCCAUCCGUCGCCAAGCAUGGCCGGUAUUAUUAGGAUUCACCGUCGACGAGCACGGGGAGCAGGGCGGUAGCUCCGAUUCGUGGAGGAAGCUCGCACGACAUAAAGACGAAGACCAAGUCAAGCUAGACGUCGACCGUAGCUUCGUCUACUACCCGGACGACGACACCCAAGCGCAGCUCGACCUAAAGAAGACCGCGCUCUCGGACCUGAUCACCGAAGUCCUGCGGCGCCAGCCGUACCUCAGCUACUUCCAAGGGUACCACGACAUCUGCCAAGUAUUCCUGCUAGUGCUCCCGCCAAGCUCGCGCGCAGCCGCCGUAUCGCGCCUGUCGGGGCUGCGCAUCCGAGACUUCAUGCUGCCGAGCCUAGGCCCGGCGAUCUCGCAGCUGCGGCUAAUCCCGGACAUCAUCUCGGCCGUGGACCCAGCGCUAUGCGCGCACGUCGGGCGGACGGAGCCGUACUUCGCGCUUUCCGACACCCUAACUAUGUUCGCACACAACGUGCGGCGCUACGCUGAUAUCGCCCGCCUUUUCGACGCCCUUCUGGCUCGCGAGCAGGUCUUCAGCCUCUAUGUCUUCGCGCAGAUCGUACUUACCCGCCGCGCUGAGCUAUUCGACCAUGACGAGCCUGAUAUGCUGCAUUUCGCACUCUCCAAGCUACCACAGGACCUCGACCUCGAUGCAGUGAUUAGGGACGCCGCAAUCCUAUUUGACAAGCACCCUCCUGAGACGCUGAGGAAUUGGGGUAAGAUAUCCAACGCGAGCGCGUUGAAGACGGGGAGAAGGGUGGAUGAGUGCUCGAGGCAGGGGUUAGCAGAGGGAUUUGCGUAUUUCGAGAUGCAGCAGAAAGAGUUAAGAUGGGCCGCAAGACGCCAGAAGGCGAUGAAGACGGUGUGGGCGAAUAGGACGGUGAUACUUGCCGUGGUCAUCGGCAUUGGCGCCGUGUAUUUCCGGAAGGCGCCGUUCUGGAUGAAUCUUGUCUCGAGGUCGAUGCCGAAUCAUUACUUCUAGUUUCUAGGGUGCAGGAUGAUAAUGAUGGUGGAUUUGGGUUAUAACAAGGAUGAUGCGUCAUUUAUAGAUGUGUUACGAGGGUUGUACGAAUAGGUGCGAAUGCUGAAAUUGCCUUCACGGUUCGUGAGGUCCGAGAUUUACGUAUAUUUGAUUUUGACAGUGGGAUGGGAGUUGUUGCGUUGCAUGCCUUGACGAAUUGGUUGAUAACACGGGAUAUGAUUUUGAAUCUUAGAAGAAAUAUCAAGGAUCGCCUCCGAGGAAGAGAGACGGCGAAUAGUCCGGCGUUAGAACACGUUACAAUUUACAACAUAGUACAGUACAACACGGGGGUAUUUAAAAUUCAAACUCAGCGACUACUUUCUUAACAACUCCCAUCCAAACAUCUUUG